AUGGGCUCGGAGUGGCAGCAGCUUCGAGAAAUCAACCCUGUUUUCUGCGAGCGUGUUUCGAAGGUCUUCUUGCAUAUUGGAAACUUUUGCUUGGCUGCAGCUACGCUUGAGGAUGUACAGGCAAUCGUGGAUGAUUCGAUGAGUGAUGUUCUUAAGAUUGAGGAUCGUGUGGCGCUUACAGAGUCAGUGCAUAAGUGGUGCGCGCUUCAUCAAGGGACAGUGGAAAGGACUGUUCGCGAGAUCGGGCAGAAUGUCCGACGUGGGCCUUAUAUCCGUCGUGGGCCCAGUGUGACGGCUGCCGAUUUGUAUGAGGGGCUUUUGGCUUCUGACCCUGUGCUGGGUUUGGCUGCUCUUGAGAAGAAGUUAAAGCUUCGCAAAGCUGGAACAGGGGCGCGUGUGGAAGCAGAGGACUUGUGCAGGCGCCGCUGGGGAAAGUUUCCGGCAAUUGCAGUUGACCCCGGAAGCCAUCAGCAAGCGGUGGCCGAGCCACCGAAGGACCAGCCGGCGCCUUCUCCGGAGGAUGCAGAUGUUGCACCUCCACCGCGGCCAGAUCCUUUCUGGCCACAGCGACGGUUCCGACAGUGGGACAAUGAUUGGUCCGAGAGCCCGGCCAAGUGGCAGCGAACAGGCAAAGGACGUGGCCAUGGAAAGGGCAAGAACGGCAAGGGGGGCAAGGCCAACCGCGAUGAAUCCAAGGGCGAUGGCAAGGGCCUCGGCGGUGGCAAGGGCAAGAGUGAUCAUGCGCUCUGGACACACACGGUGCAUGCAGUCCCAUCCGAUGUGGCAGCAUUUCCAGAGCUUGGCAGCAAAGGCGGCAGCACCGACCGGGGCACGGGAUGGAGAUAUCAGAUCACACUUACAGCAGCUCUGCACGACCUAUCGUCGCACAGGCUUUGGGAGCGUCUUUUCAAGGCCAUCCGUUUACAGAGGCAGCAGGGCUUGUACUUCAUUCUUGAGCACCCUGAGGAUCUGGGCCGUGUGCCGUCUGGUGAGAGGCCUGCUUCCAUUUGGUCUUUUGAUGAGGUUCGUCAGAUUUGCGCUGGAGGCGAUGUCAGUUGCUGGGCAUUGCAUCAAUGCCUUUUCGGGGCUAUGUCUUGCAAACCCACUCGCUUGUUAUCCAAUCUGCCCGGAGCAUUGAACUUUGGGAUACGGAUGCCAUGUUUCAAUGAUGACGGGGACUACGUGGGGCCGCUCUUGCGCUGUCCGCAUUCACAUGCAGAUCGAGCCUGCGGUUUUCAGGAUGGCACUUGGAAAUCGGCCGCCACGGCGGCUUACCCUUCGGAGUUCGCUGCUUUCUUCGCCCGUCUCUCUUUGAGUGUGGUGCCUGAGCUGAGGGCCGUGGCUGACUCCGACCUGAUCCCAGCCAACAUCCCUUCAUCCGCCGAAGCCUUUGCCACGGAGUGCAUCGCACGCGGUUCUUUCGAUCGUGCUUCAGUUCAGAUUCUUUUCGACUUGCUUCCUAAGACUCGGCCUCAUAAGAUCACAGGCAGUGCAGAACCUGGCACCGCUUUCUUUGGAGGCACUGUGCACCAGGAGGGUCUCACCGCACCGCGGUCCACUUGUUUUACAUUCCCCGAGUCCAUGCGUGUGAUCAAUGCUUUUCUUCACUCCGUGGACCCGCACCACCGUUACGCUGCUUUUGUUCUCACAAAGAACGUGACUAGUGAGGUUCAUCGUGAUCCGCGAAAUGCAGCUGUGCCCAACAUGAUUGUGGCAAUUUCCUCCUUUACUGAUGGUGGCAUUUGGAUACAGGAUGACUCAGGCACCCAGGUGCGAUCCUUUCACGGCUCGCCCGUCACAGGCACUGUACACUCCUUACAAGACGGACCCGUCUACCUGGAUGCCCGUGGAUGUUUGCAUGCUACCCAACCUUGGGUUGGGGAUCGCCUCAUCGCCAUUGCAUACACCCCUCAGAACAUGCACCUGCUCUCUGUUGAUGAUUCGGCUUUUCUGGCUUCAUUGGGCUUUCCUGUCUUGGAUUCCUCUCCUGCGGGGGGGGAGGCACCAGCGGAAUCCUUCGUUUCCUCAGACAACUUCACCUUGGCUGCAGCAGUGCCGGCGAUAGACAACUCAGGCACUGGAGAUGCUCAGGAGGUCGUGGUCAUCGAUCAUGAGGAGUCGGCCAGGGAAGCUUUUGACCCCAAGACUAGUCGCGCUUUCGGGCAGCCCAUGAUCUGCAAGUUUGAAAUGGGCAAGCAAGAGUUUGUGGACGGCUUCGGGUUGUGUUCGCCUGGCCGUUGGGCUCCCGAGGCGAGAGAGAAGUUGGCGUCGAGUGAUGAGGUGGCACAUGCAGAGGGAAUUCGCGGAUUGCUACGAGACUUUGUGAUUGAUCAGCUGAAAGACCCCAAGGACAUGGCGUUCCGUCUCGCGACGGGCCAUGUGAAGAAUUCUCCUUUCGCGGAGUCUGCCUUGCAGAAGUUGAGGCAGAGGAUCGUCGGGUUGAUCCCAGGGGCGCCUUCAGACCUGCUGCGUGUUCCCGAGCGGCCUAGAGAUGAGAACACUUUGUCGGAUGCCAUCACCAACCACGACUUCUCGAGUUUCUGCCCAGAGCUGAGAGAGUGCCUUCUUGGAUUCGCGUGUCAGCUUGCAGCGAUUGGUUUCGAGGGAGUCGGCAAUGUCUCGCCGGGAGAAGGAGACGAGCAAAACACCUUGGUGAUCCUUCACAUGUCGGCUUCAGACGGCAAGAUCCAGUUCGACGCACCGAUUGAAAACAAUGGUCUUCGAGUAUGCCUUCGAUUGCGCGAUGCCUCAAGAGUGAUUCUGAGCAACUGCAUGUUCGAUCGUUACUGCUUGAGCUUUGGUGUGGCUCAAAGGUUCGACUCAAGGCGUGAGAACACGAUGAUGGAUUUGGCGGCCAUGGAGGCCGCGACGUCGAGUACUCAGCUGACCCUACCUGUCAGCUACAGAAAGUUCAGGGGAGUUGCGCUGCGCAACUAUGUUCUCAAAGCUAUGCUUGAGGGUGAGCAUGCUUCCAUCGAAGACUUCCUGGAAAGGCUCAAUGAGGAUGCCAGUGCAGUUGUGGGAUCGGCUGUGCUAGUGGAUGAGCUCUUUCGUGUACGUGAAGCCCUCGUUCCUCUCUGGACCGAGCAGCUGACAAAGCGGUGUGAUGGCGACCCACCUUGGGUGGAGCGCCUCCAGGCGAUGGGACAUUUCCCAAGCACUACCCUGUGGUUUGCUGACGGGGACUUUGGCCUUGCUCCGGCGGAGGCCUAUCGCGAUGCAAAUGUCCAGCGGCAGCGGGGCAGCCGGGAGCAAGUGGCAGCAGGGCUGCCGCCUUCUGGUUGGCGACCUGGUGCUGGUGCGGACGCUGAAAUGGUGACGCAGCCGGCUGCUGGCGAGAUUGAGGAGAAUGCGGAGCUGGCUGGGCCUUCCGAAGUGGAGGCGACCAACCAUGGCGACGCUGCUCUUCCUUUGCAGCCGGCGGACAAAGAGCCACCUAGCCCGGCCUCUCCCUGCCUCCUUGGUAACAUGUUUUCUAAGACCGGCCCGUUCGGGGCCCCCUCCGAGAGUGUGGACUUCCUCGGGGGCCCCCUGGGCGCCACGGCCCAAGGUGGCAGUGCGAUCGAGCAGAGCUGUGGCACGGAUUUUCUUGGCGGCCCCAUCUGGACGGUGCCCCAAGCGCAUGCAUAUCCUAGUGCCAGUGUGGAUCAUGUGCAGCCUGUGCAGCAAUCCCUUCAGUCCUCCGCGACGCCAGCAGCCGGCCCCGGUGAGCCGAUGCUUUGUGUGUGCCAUGACUGGAAGAGGGGAUGUCGCCUGGGCGAGGCCUCUCACCCUGGCCCUGGUUUCAACCUUGACCUUGGCAACCUUGGGGAUAGCCUUGGCGAUAGCAUCAUGAAGUCGAUCAAGGAGCAGAUCCAGAAGGCAGUUGACGAGGCAAUAAAGCAGGCCCUGGCGUCGCUUAAUCUCGGCCGGGGCUUGGCUGCUGCCCGGCCGUCCGAUGAUCCAGACGUGCAGCUUGAGCCAAAGGGCAGGCGCAAGAGGAAACGUAAGGCCAAGCAGGCCACGAGCCACCCAGGUGGCAACCCCGACGCCUCGGGCGGCGAGUGUGCAGGUGGCCGCCAGAGCGCAGCCAAAGGCAAGGGCAAGCCUGGAGACAAGUCUGGCCCAGCCAAGGUGGCCCAGCGCGGUGGCCCAGGCGACUCAGGUCAACGCCGGGGCAAGGGCAAGGGCGGCUGCGGUGAGGCAGGCGGGCAGGAAGCCGGUGAUGGCUGGCAGAUCGUCCGGCGCAAGGCUCCGGAAGGCGCCUUCACGCUUCGAAAAUCUGAUUGGGACGCUCCGGUCGUCGAGUAUGCUGCCCUAGCUGAGUUCAUUGACAAGGCUGAUGCCAGCAAGGUCCUCGAACUUGUAGUCUUUGUUUCGGCCGACCAGGUCACGCUUGCUACGAACAUUCUGCGGGGGAGCGGGCGGAGCUUCAAGGCCCUGCUUGUUUUCCUAUCCAAGGAUGAGGAGGCCCAGCGCAUUCCGGGCACCAUUGGGGAUCGCCUGGUCUUCAGGACUGCUAAGGUCCAGAAGCUCACGUCUGCAGGUGCCAGUGGCCAUGCUCCGCAGCCCACCGGCCUGAGCCAAACGUCCAUCAAGAUCAAACCCACUGAAAGUGCAGUCGUCUACUUUAAGGUGCCAAAGCAGUUCGCUUCAGCUGACACUUGGAAGGCUUUCGGGGGCAACGCCUCCAAGGCCGCUGUAGACUGGGUCGCGGCCCAAAGGAUCAAGGUGCUUGACACUUUUGCCUGGGUCCUGGAAAAGCAGCGCAACGACACUCAUGAGCAGUACUUUGGCAUUGUUCGCAUUCCGAAGGCAGACAUUGAGGGCAUCCUGGCCCACUCUGGCAAGGACGGUGUCUUCGUUGAUGCCGCUCGCACCUCAGGGCCCCGGGCGAAGCUCCAAUGGAUCGAGAAGCUCCCCGGCGAGAAGGCGGACGCCUACUUUGAACGUGCCCUGCGCCAGGCUUCUAGCCUGGGUUUGGUCGUCAAUGGGGGGCGAUUGGCGUGGCGAAGUGCCAUGGCAGCUGGAGAAGCAACGGUGCGCAUCUGGCACAUCGAUGGUGUGCCCCACGAGUGGGAUGUGGAUGCCGUCGGCCAGCUCUUGGAGAAGCCCUUGUCCUUGUGGGCAACGCUGGCACCUUUCCGUGUCGUCUCCAAGAAGCAGAAGCCUCUCGCCUCGAAGGCCGUCCCGGUCGUUGCUCUCGAGCAGCCUGUCGCUGCCACCAUCGUCAAACCUCCCACGGGGGAGCUGGCUACGGGCGAGGACGGCAAGGAAGUGCCCCAGCAGAAACGUGUCAAGCAGGAGGUGCGCACCAAGCCAGGUGACCUUCAGCUCAAAGCAUGCCCUCGUGACGGAGCCUGCGUGCUGCACGCACUAAGCCUCGGCCUUCAAUGGCUUGGUGACUCUCGGCCCAAUCACCCGCGCAUGCUCCGUGCGCAAAUGGUCGAACACAUGCGCCGGCACGCCACCCAGUACGAGAAGGAAUGGGACGGCAAAGGGCCGGACAGUGAGCCGGUCAAGGACCGGGACUUCCCGGCCUACCUCACUCUUAUGGAGAAGGAGGGGGCAUACUGCUCGGAUGUCGAGCUGAGGGCCCUGGGCCGUGUGCUGGACAUCAAAAUCGUCGUGCUGCCGGCGGGCCUCAACUUUGCUCCUUACGCCUUCCAUAGCAAAGCUGCCAAGAUGCUGGUGUUGUGGUACGAGGAUAACCACGUUGAUCUCAUGCUCCCGCCUGAGGGUCACAAGAAGUAUCCCAGUGAGUAUGCCCAGAUCACAGCUGGCUCGCCCGGCAUCCGUCUGGACCACCUCGAUGCCGGCGAGCGCCUCGGGGAGCGCUGCGGGGUCACAGGUGUCACAGGCAAGGUCUUCAGGCAGCCGCAGGCAAAGGUGCAGGUGCAAGGCAAAGGCAUUGCAUGGUCCCCAGACCAGGCCCAGGGGCGAGCCACAGGCGAGGUCAUCACAGGCACCAAGCGCAAGGCGGUUGAACUGUGCACUUCGUCCGUCUUCACUUGCACCUCUGCUGGCACUAUCGAGGCCUUCGAUGAAUCCGAGUUUGAGCGAGCUCGUGUGCCCCCGAAGCGCUGCCCUUGGCUGGCCCAUGCCACGGCACCGGCGGACCUCACUUUUCGGUGCAACUUGUGCCCUUACAAGCGCAAGGCCACGAGCAACCACCAGUACUACCACAUCCGCCACAACCACUACCAGCGUGCCCAUGAGGGGCAGGGCCUGCAGCCGGACAUCGGGCGACCCAAGCUCACGCGGGUCUGCGGCCCAAGGGCUCAGUUCAUCUGGUGUUGCCCUUUCUGCAACAAGGGCAUCACGCAUGAGACUCGGAAGGACCUUUCUCGAUUCUCCUACUAUGCCCUGCGCAACCAGCAUCGUGCACAGGCCCACCCCGAGGUCUCCAAGGCUGAGUGGCAGCGUCUUGCGGCACUCCCGCAAACCGGGCCCAAGGAUCGCCAGGUGCAUGCCAAAGGGUGCCGCCAGCGCAACCUCACCAAGGCCGUGUUCGCUCAAGUCAGGACCCCUCGCUUUGGGGACCAGAUGCAGCUCUUUGUGUGGCCUCGAGCCAGGUGUGAGAAACGCAGCACCCGGGUCAAGCAUGUCCUCCUUGAGCAUGGUUGGAAGUGCCUCCGGUGCGGUGAGUGCACCAGGGACCUGGCUGCCGCCAAGCAGCAUAGCGAGGGCCGGUGCAAGUCGCAGAGCAACACCCAGAAGCGGAUCCAAAAACUUGAUGCCAUCGAGGCGUGGGCCCGGCGUGCCGGAGGUGACCCCGACUUCUGCUCCCAGGUGCUCCGUGCUGCCGCGGCUGCCAAGCUUGCCAAUGCGAAUCCCCUCCUCGCCGUGUUCGUCAAGCUUUUGAGCAUCAAUGCGAACCGCACGGCCAUCUCCAAAGUGGACCUGUGUGCCGACUUCCUCCAGUCGUGUGGGGCUGAGCUCUUGUCUCUCCAGGAGGCUGACAUCAACCCUUUGUCGGCCCAGGGUUUUGGUGAACGCUGGCGUGCCCAUGGCUAUCGGGCUGUUCUCAGCGACAUCGAUGCUGCCAAGGGUGUGCAUAGGGUAGCCUUAGUCGCCUCCCUCCCCAUGCAUCGGGUGAACCUUAAGCUCCCUCCUCAUGUGGCUGCGCGCUGUGCUGCAGGUGCUUUUGAGAUGCAGGCUGCUGGCAGCAAGUGCAUCACCCUUGUGGUGGCCUUCUACGGUUUCCCUGGUCAGCCAGCUGCCACAGCCCAGGCCUUAGGUGAGGUUAGGCGUGCAGCUGCGACCUUCGGCGGCCCCUACAUCUUGCUCGGCGAUUUCAAUGUUGACCAGUCUGAGCAAGCUGUGGCGCAGCUGUUGUGCGAUGGUGAGCUCCGGUCUCUGGAUGAGGCGGACUGGACCCAAGCCGGCCCAACAAAUCCCACGCGCACCCGGCGCAUUGAUUUUGGCCUGGCCCAUUGGUCAAUCAUUGCGACGGCUGUCAAGCAGUUCGAACGCCCGCACCUUUCGGACCACGGGUGUGUCUUCUACGAGACGCGGUGCCUGAGCCGUGCCGACAGCUUCUCCAUGCCUAAGUUUCGUGAGCUCCCUGCCACGGCCACUGAAGACAUCCUGUCUAACUUUGGUAGGGUCUGGGAUGCUGCACACUUUGAGAGUUCUAUUGCAGGCGGGGCUCUUGAUGAAGCCUGGGCCUUCUUGUCAGACGUGGCCGAGCGCACGCUGGGUGCCACUUCGCUCUUCGAUGCCUCCGGUGCCCGCAGGAGCGACCACUGGCUCCCUUGUGCCCGCCACGAGUCCCACCAUCGUGUCGGCCCCCAGGGUCAUGAGUCCCAGUCCCUCCGUUCAUCUCGCAAGUUGCUUGGGCAAUUGCACCAACUGCGGCAACAGCCCCACUGUCAGAAGCUGUGGCGUGCGGUGGGCCGCCGGGCUGGGCUCCUUCGUGCCACUUUCCCCGACCUCCCUGUGAUACAUGCUGCCAACCUUGCAGGUGCCACCCAGGUGAUCUCUCAUUUGCAUGCUGAGCUUCAGCAGCAGGAGACGGAGGCCAGAGUGCACAGGUGGCGCUGCCGUGUUGAGGAGGACCCUUCUCGUGCCCUCGCCUGGGUCAAGCGCAAAGCUGACCAUCAGUUGGCCAUGGAGCAAUCUCCUCAGGCCCAUGCUGGUGUCCCUUCCUCUGUUCACCCUGCCUCUAUUGUCGAGGAACAUGGUAAAGUGUGGCUGCAGCACUGGAAGCCGGAGUCCCCUGUCAACUUCGAUGCCGUGCAACGCAUCCUUGACCGUGUCCCGGGCGGGCCGCAAUCGGACAUUGUGCUCCAGGUCGAAGCUGAGGCUCUGAUGCGGGCCACCAAGGCAAUGCGGGGGAAAGCGAUGGGCCCUGACCGAUGGUCAGCGGAGCUUCUGCUCCGCCUCCCAGUGCCGUGGUGGGAAGCGGCGGCCACUCUGUGGAAUGCGGUGCUCUCCACGAAGUACGUUCCUCGACUCUGGCGCCGGGCACUGAUUGCCCUGGUGCCGAAGCGCCUGGAUGAAUACCGACCGAUCGCCUUGUGCCCUGUCAUCUGGCGAGCGGGUGCCCACUGCAUCUCUCGCAAUGUGCUGCCGUGGAUGGACACAUGGCUGGGCCACCACACCUUGGGCGGUGCACCAUGUAGAGGCCCGGGCGACGCUCAUGCCCGGCUUUUUCAUGCGUGGCAGAGCGGCGGCAAAGUCUUUUGCCAGCAGGACCUCACGCGGUUCUUCGACUCUCUUGAUGUCCAGGCGGUGGGUAUGGUGCUCCGGCACCUUGGUGCUCCUGCUGGCCUCGCUGAGCUCUUAGCCUCCUUCUACCAGGAUGCCUCGAGGCUCUUUCUGCACGAGGGCCGGUCCAGCAGUGCAUGGGGCAGCCCGGCGCGGGGCCUGGCGCAGGGAUGCCCACUCUCCCCAAUGGCCGCGGUUGCGGUCGGCCAUAUCUGCAGUCCUUUGCCAAGGGACGCACCGACUGCCUCAUCUUCAUUGACGACCGGGUGCUGUGGCCUUCCUGCACGUGUGCGGACCCUCUUGGGGCCAUGGAUGUGGCAUUGA